GUGUUGAGGAGCGCGGCGGAGGGCCAGUCAGGCCCCGCACUCUGGCACCCGAGGUGGCACUCUCUCACUCCUCUACUGCACCACUAACUACUCUACUGCCCUCCUCGCACCACUAACUACUCCACAACACCACCACCAAGCUACCUUAACUAGCCCCCACCGCCACAAAUAUUAGGAAGAUGGACAUGUCCACAAAUAUGAGGAACAUGGACAUUGAUCAAGAUUUUCCGAUGUUCAACUUUAACGUACUUGGAAAUGAUGACAUAUUCGACAAGGAGGUGCUGACUCGUGAAAAUGAUUUUAGUUUACCAGCUGAAAGACAAAAUUUAGUUAAAACUGAAAAGGAGUUGAAGGCGAAAGACGUAGUACUGGCCGAGAGACAGUUGGCAGUAGGCUUCGAAAAUGGAAGCGGUCAAUUGGAGCAGAAACCUUCCAUUAAAGUUGCCAUUCUCAAAACACUUGGACAGCCACCUUUACCUGAAAAUGUAACUUUUCAAGAUAAUUGUCUGCCCAAUUUUGAACCAAAUAAACUUGAAGAAUUGAUUGCUAGUAAUCAUUUUGAAAAUAUCGAUAUUUACCCAUUGGCAUCAGAGAAAGAAAGAAAUCCUCCAUACUUGAUAAAGGGAAAAGAUAUUACUACAAAAAAUGAUAUUCCAGUUUCAUUUAUGAUUGAAGGCUGCAAGCCGCAGGAUAAGGUCAGAAUUAGUAUGAGGUUUUGUGAUGAAUUGAACAAGGAUAUGCCUGUCAAGUGUUGUAAAAUGCAUUCUGACGGAAAUGGCAAAAGGCCUUCAGACUUACCUUCAUAUUUCAACUUUUAUUUAACCACCAAAUGUUCCUAUCUGAAUGGCACAGAAGACGCUUUAAAUCAUCCAACCGCUGAAAUAGACCUUAAAGAUCAAGUACCGGCAAUUAUUGAUGGAAAAUUCAAGUUCUCCAUUGUCUUCCUUUGCCUAAAUUCAUGCCAUCGCCAACUUAGCAAGCAAAUGGAACUUGUAGUGAUUGUCUAUAAUUCUGAUUGGAAGGACUUAUACAAGAAAGAAUGCAUUGACAUUAGAGUCUGUAAGAAUGUUAAACGAGACCACAGAGAAAAGAGUCAGCCAUCUAACCUUAAAAGAAAGUGUGUUUCAUCAGAUGAUGAACCUCAGACUCCACAGAAAGUGAAGAUGACAAAGGCAAAAUUGCUACAAGAUAUUCCUCCCAUUGAUAAUUCAGGAUCCAGUCAACAACAGGAGCCUUCAUUUGUGUUCCAAAUGAAAUCGAAGACUGAUAGGACUACGAUCCUGACUCUAAUAGAAAGACUGGGUGGAGAAUACCAAAUUCAACCCAGGUAUGAAAUUACAGCAGUUGAAAUCCUUGAUGAGUCUGAUAAUCAUGUAAAUAUUACUUUACCCACUAGUAGUCAUGUGCAGUCAGACCCAUUUGUAGAUUUAAUUGAAAAAUGUAGUUAUGAGAUGGAGACACUUGAGGGAUAUACAAUCACCAACUUUGACACGUGAAGUAAAAGUUGGUUCCUGAGCCGUGCUAGGUGGUCGUAAGCUGUUCCAUAUAUCCAUAUAUUCCAGGCAUCAUGAUUAAAGUUAGAUUUUGCUUUGAUAGAUAAAAAUUUCCCAUCUGAAUGCCUUGAUGCCUGCCUUUGCUUAUCUAGUAAUUGAUUCAGUAGUUCAACUAGUAAUUUUUGAGUACCAUACAGCAAGAGACUUUAGCUACAUAAAUUCUUGACUUGAAGUUUGAAAAAGUAAAAUUUAAGAAUAUUAUUACUUUGUAACAACUUGCCCAUACCACUUGGAUUUUUUUGAAUUGUCAGUUGGAGUUGAAAAGUUAUAAUUUCAUUAAUUUAUAUAUUGUUAUUAUUGAAGUGCUAUGUUGAAGGUGAUAUUCCAUUUAAUAUUUUAUAUUCAGCAUUAUACAAAUUUAUACUUUAGCCUUGGUAUAUUCUGCUGAAUGUACAUUGUCAAUUUUAAGGUAAUAUUCUCAUACAAAGUGGAAGGAUGUGUAGAAAAUUUUGGAUAAAAUUAACACAUGAGAAUACUGUAGCAGGGAAACUGUGUGGAAACAUUUUAUAUUUAGCCACCUUUGAUAUGUAUAUUACCAAAGAAAAAGCUAACCGUUCAAAUGAUUAACUUCAUAUUGUUUCACAUAUUGAGUUUUUGCAUGAACUUAACAUUUUGUGGAGUAUAGUUUCUUCCAGAGUAAUAUCACACUAAACUUAUUUUUUGCCUAAACAUGGCAUUGAUAUUUUUAAAUGUGUUUAGGCAAGUUUGUAGUAAGCCUUGUAAAAUAAAUAGAUUUUAAAUCUAUAUUACUGAAAUUAAUCAUUACCAAUUUUUGUUAUUCAAGAAAUGAAAAGGCACUAAAGUGAUAUAGGAAAAUAUAAAGUGUAUGCUGUAUAAUGCUACACAUGUACAUGAUUCAUUUAGUGAAGCUUCAGUGCAUUAAGUUUGACACUAAUAUAGUUACAGAUAUUGCAUAAUGUUGAUCGGGCAGAGAACAUUUUUCUUUUCUUGACUUUAGUGAGUACAGUAUUUCUUAGUGUUAUUACCUCUACAAGUGGAACAACAGCUUUGAUUUGUAUUGAAAGUAACAUGUCUGGCAGUACCAUACCUUCCGCUUCAUCCAUCAUGUCCGUGGCUAGAGGGACAUGAUGUAGGGAUCCCAUCCCUCUUUGCUAUUUCCCGGUAUUGGGCAGCCAGAGCGCAUCCGAUCCCUCGAUCGUCAUUGCCCCUCAAUCACCAGCAACAUCGUGUCUGGCCGGGAAAGCCAAGGCAUCUUAAAUAUAAGUGUUCCUCUAGUGAAGAGUGUAAAUGUCUUGCUGCUGCAAUCAUUAUACAUUGAUAUUUUGUUUGAACAAAAGGAUUGAUUCUGGCUCCAUGUGCAUUAGAUUCAACACCACAAUUACUUUAACAUAUAAUUUAAUUAAAACAUGGACAUGUACAUUUUAUAAUAAAAAGCCAAUUUUGCAAAUCUCUCUGCACUUCAUGUGCUGAGUAUUAUCCACCCUCGAAUCCUUGUUGAUUGCUCAUUAUGGUGGACUGAAUUCAGAACAGAGAUGCCACUGUUUACAGUACAUUUCAAAAUUUGUAAUAAACCUGUACACUAGUAAAAUUGAAAUGAAGAAAUUUAUAUAGAUUUACAUUAUUAAUGUUUCCUUCUUUAAUUACUCAUAAUUUAAACAACAAAUAUUUAAACAAUUUUGUAAAUAUUAAUAGUUAACUUUUUGCAUUAAAUAUUUGAUAUGAUAACAUAUUUGAACUUCCACUACAUUAAUACCUAUUAAAUUCCUAUUCAGAAUUUAGUGGUUAGAGGUGAGGCAGGUUUUCCACAAUUGGUUCUGCCUUGAACCAAUGGAAGUGGUGGAUGUAAUGUGUAUGGGGCCUUUAAGAAUACAGUAAAUACAAGUCUUAACCAAAAACAUUAAUGAUAUUCAUGAGAAAAGUACAAUGUGAUUUCUCUGGUGAUUGGUACAUGUGUUUGCAGCAUUUGAGUUUUCUUGUACUUUUAGUAUUAAGCAUUCUUGUGUAUUUUGCACCCCUAUAAUCUUUUAGCAUUUUAAUGCCUUUUUUAGUUUGUAAUGUGAUUGGCUAUGUUAUUAAGCAUGCUCUAUAUGAGAGCACUGUAAUUUUUAUUAAUGUUCAGUAUAUUCUACAUUUAUAAAUGUUAGUACUGCAAUGUGUUUAAAUAUUAAUGAUUUUACAUUACAAUGUGAAAAUUGGUUAACGUCUGGUGACUGUUUCCUAGCACAACGGGAGUGUUACAUAACAUUGUAUCAGCCUGCUAAACAGGAUAACUUUCUUGGGUUAGUGUUACGUAACAUUGUAACAGCCUGUAAAACGACACGACAUCCUUGGGCAUAUUAUUGUAACUAUCUAGAGUUUAUUUUAAAAAUUCCCUUGUGUUGAAUUUCAUAUGUGACUGCCUUACAGGUACAAUGGUCUUAGUGCAGCCAUUGUGACUAGUAGUGUUAUAGUUGUCAUGUUUGCUAAGUUGAUUUUUUAAUGUUGCCUUUAAUGUAUCUAAUAAAUAAAGGUUAAUAUAC